AACCUACAACACUGAAAAACAAGAACCAAGACCAAUUUUAUAUGUAAAUUGCAAAAUACUCUGUUUCUGUUUCUCCCACCCAAUAAUCACUUCACUUCAAUAAUCAAUUAUCAUCUCCUCUGUUAUUUGUUUCUGAAUUUGAAGUUGCCAUGAUGAGGAAAUCCACCACCACCUUCCUCGCCCGUUUCAAAUCAAAGAUAAACUACUCUCCUUCUCUUCCUCCACGCUUCUUCAGUUCUCCGAAUCAACCUGACCCAAAUCGCAAUGCGUUGUUGACCCUUCUCCCUUCACGCCGUUUUGCCUCCACUACUGCGCAAAAUCCCAUGGUUGAUGAUUCCAAUCAGAAUCAGGCCAUAGAUUUUCCUGGUGGAACGGUGAAAUUCACCCCUGAAAUGAGGUUUAUACCUGAAUCAACUCUUGAGAGAACACCCUGCUACCGCGUCCUUGAUGACAAUGGGCAGCCAAUUUCGGGAACUAAUUUUGCACAGGUCAGCAAGGAAGUUGCUGUCAAGAUGUAUAAUGACAUGGUGACACUCCAAACUAUGGACACUAUAUUUUAUGAAGCACAAAGGCAAGGUAGAAUAUCAUUUUAUGUAACAACCGUUGGAGAAGAGGCUAUCAAUAUUGCAUCAGCUGCAGCUCUUACCAUGGAUGAUGUUAUUUUCCCUCAGUACAGGGAACAAGGAGUUUUGUUAUGGCGCGGUUUUACUCUGCAAGAAUUUGCAAACCAGUGUUUCUCCAAUAAAUAUGAUAAUGGGAAAGGAAGGCAGAUGCCAGCCCAUUAUGGGUCCAACAAGCACAAUUACAUUACUGUGGCAUCAACAGUUGCCUCUCAAAUUCCCCAUGCUGUUGGAGCUGCAUAUUCCUUAAAGAUGGACAAAAAGAAUGCAUGCGCUGUCACUUACUUUGGAGAUGGUGGCUCAAGUGAGGGAGAUUUCCAUGCUGGGUUAAAUUUUGCAGCUGUUAUGGAGGCCCCGGUUAUUUUUUUAUGCCGGAAUAAUGGAUGGGCUAUUAGCACCCCAACGUCAGAUCAAUUUCGAAGUGAUGGUAUUGUCGUGAAAGGACAAGCGUAUGGAGUUCGUAGCAUCCGCGUAGAUGGCAAUGAUGCCUUGGCCAUUUAUAGCGCUGUUCAAGCUGCUCGUCAAAUGGCAAUUAGUGAAGAGAGACCAGUUCUAAUAGAAGCUCUUACUUAUAGAGUUGGACACCACUCCACAUCGGAUGAUUCAACCAAGUAUCGUCCAGCCAGUGAGAUUGAAUGGUGGAGACAGGCACGCGAUCCUGUGGCUAAAUUUAGAAAGUGGAUAGAAAGGAAUGGUUGGUGGAAUGCUGUGGCUGAGUCAGAGCUUAGAAACAGUUUGAGACAGCAGCUUCUGCAUACAAUUCAGGUAGCGGAGAGUGUAGAAAAACCUCCGCUUGGGGACAUUUUUAGUGAUGUUUAUGAUGUCCCUCCAUCCAAUCUCCGUGAGCAGGAGCAAUGGCUGAAGGAGACUGUAAAAAAUCAUCCAAAAGAGUACCCAGCAAAUAUUUCUGUGUAGUCUUAAAAGCUUCACCAAUAUAAAGAUACGUUGUUUCUUUUAAUAAAAAAUUAUCUUCAAACUUGGAUUCUUCUUUGUGUUAGUGUAUGAAUAUUGUAUUAGUGUAUGAAAAUUGUAUAUGCAACUUCUGUCCUGACUCCUGAUUUUGCA